CUCAUACUCAUAACUCAUCUCACUCAUAAAUUGGGGACACCUGCUUUGUAGCAAGAAAUAGUGUACUAGUAUAGAGCGACCAUGUUCCUUUCUUGCCUGAGCCCCACCUCCGUGUACGGCGGCUUUCUGCGCGUUUGCCUCUCCGCCGCCGGCCUCACCUCCCAGACCACUGACAUAGACGACGAGACCACCAUCCACUUCUGGGGCCCGAACUCAAAAUCACCUUCAAAGCCCACACUAGUCCUCAUCCACGGCUUCGGCCCUCACGGCGUCUGGCAGUGGCGCUCACAAAUCGCGGCUUUUGCACGGGACUACAACCUCUACGUCCCGAGCCUGGUCUUCUUCGGCCGGUCCACCACCAAAUCCCCGGACCGGUCCGAAGUGUUCCAGGCGAAGUCCAUCGGCAAGCUCCUGGUGGAGAAGCUCGGCGUGGAGAGGUUUUCCGUCGUGGGGACGAGCUACGGCGGGUUCGUGGCGUACCACAUAGCGAGAAUGUGGGCGGAGAGGGUGGAGAAGGUGGUGGUUGCGAGCUCCGGGAUUAACAUGAACAAGAAAGACAACGACGAUCUGCUGAAGAGGGCCAACGCCGACAAGGUUGAGGAGUUUCUGCUGCCGACCACGGCGGGGCAGUUGCGGACGUUAAUAUCGUUGUGUAUGUUCCGCGGCCCUCAUUUCCUGCCGGAUUUUGUUUUCAACGAUUUCAUUAAGAAAUUGUACAGGGAAAACAGGAAGGAGAAGCUGGAACUACUAAAAGGGUUGAGCUUCGGAAAAGAUAACACAGUAAACAUAUCUCCACUUCAACAGGAUGUUUUGAUCAUAUGGGGCGAGAAUGAUCAGAUAUUUCCGUUGGAGAGAACAACAGAGCUCAAAGAGCUUCUAGGAAAGAAAGUGAGAUUGGAAGUUAUAAAGAGGGCAUCGCACCUUCCUCAGUUCGAAAGAGGCUACAAAUUCAACAACAUCCUCAAACAUUUCUUAAAUGGUUCUUAAGGAGAACUACCCACUAUGUCCGCAUGCUACUUUUAUUUGUAGUACUCACUCAAACUAAAUAUAACUUGUGGGGAGAUUAUAUAUGUACUACAUUAAAUGUAGGUCAAGUUCAUCUGUGAACUGUGCUUCCCGUGUGGUCACUCACCAUUAGGUACGCUAAAAUGCACCACAAAGUGUUCAGAAAUACACCAUUAUGUGUAGUGAGGUGUGGUGCGCGCAGUUUUUGGUGUGUGGUGCGCUUUGUGGUACAUUUGUGCAUUUUCAGACACUGUGUAGUGUAUUUAUACUACCCGAUGGUGAAUCUGUACCGAUCGCACUAGAAGCACUGCCCGCAUUUGAACCAGUAUCCAUGUAAUGUCAUCAUAAACUUAGGUGUAUUGAUGACAGCUAUGGUUAGGUUGUUUGCAAGGUAUGUAUGGGUGUAUUUAUAGUGGAUGUUCCAAUAACUUAUUGUUUUGUGUUGAUUUUGCAUUUAAAGCUUUA